CAGCACAAAAUUAUUAAAAAACAUAGCUAUUUUUUUAUCUAUGGUUGAGUAAAGUGAGGUUAAGUUUAACAGUUUUUCAUAAAAGUUAAAAUUGUGAAAAUGAAUUAUAUAUAAAAUUGAUAUUAUUAGCGUAGCUGAGUUUGAUUUAAAAAUGGAAGAUCAGACUACGGCAGAGACAGGGCCUGUUGAUAAUGCGUGGGCGAUAAAAAUUCCGAAAUUUACCCCAGAAGAUAAUCCUCAUGGUCUUCUAGAAGAAAGCAAAUUUGCGACUUUAUUUCCUAAAUAUCGUGAACAAUAUUUAAAAGAAUGUUGGCCACUUGUGCAAAAAGUUUUAAAAGAGCAUCAUAUAAUAGCAGAAUUAGAUCUCAUAGAAGGAAGCCUAACCGUUAAAACAACAAAGAAAACAUGGGAUCCUUAUAUUAUUAUCAAAGCAAGAGACUUUAUGAAACUGCUUUCUAGAAGUGUACCAUUCGAACAAGCUUCCAGAGUACUUGAUGAUGAAAUUGGAUGUGACAUUAUCAAAAUAAACUCAUUUGUUCGCAAAAAGGAAACAUUUUUAAAAAGAAGGCAACGUCUUAUUGGUCCAAAUGGAGUGACACUUAAAUCUAUAGAACUAUUAACUGAAUGUUAUGUUCUUGUGCAAGGUAACACAGUUUCAGCUGUUGGUCCAUAUAAAGGCCUUAUUCAAGUAAGGCGUAUUGUAGAAGACACUAUGAAAAACAUUCACCCAAUGUACAAUAUUAAGAGUUUAAUGAUUAAAAGAGAAUUAAUGAAAGACCCUAGACUAAAAAAUGAAAGCUGGGAUAGGUUCUUGCCUAAAUUUAAGAGUAAAAAUGUACCUAGGAAGCAACCGAAACAAAAGGUCAAGAAGAAGCCUUACACUCCAUUCCCACCACCGCAGCCUGAAAGUAAAAUUGACCAACAACUGGCCAGUGGAGAAUACUUCCUGAAGGAUGAACAGAAGAGAGCUAAACGACGACAUGAAAAGGAAGAAAAACAAUUGCAAAAUAAGAAAGUACGAGAAGAAGAGAGAAAGAAAGAUUACAUACCACCUCAAGAAAAAGUAAAAGACAGUAUCCCUGAUACCAAUGAACCUACUGUUGAUAUAAAUAAAUUUAAGGCUAAAAUGAAAAAAGCAUCCAAGCAACAAAAACUUGUAACAAAAUCAUGAUUUUACAAUUCAAUAAAUAAUUUGUUAAACUUUA